GGCGGCCAAGCCAAAAUAAAUAAGUGACCGAGUCAUAUUUUCCAAAUUCCCGUAAUUCCCUCCUUCUAAAUUUCAAGUUGAAAAGUGAAAUAAAAAGCGGCGUUUUCUCUCCAAAUCUGUUUAUUUACCCUUCGUCCAGUUCGAAUCUCUUCGAAUGUUACCAAAAAGACGCGAAUUUUGUUGGAGUGCUUAUCGACUAUACCAGCCGCGUGCUUUAAUUUGAGGUUAAGCUCAUCUUCGAUGACCGGAAAUGGAUGGGGAUCUCGUGCGGGCAUUAUUCACUCACAAUGCAUCCUAAACAGAGUCUGUGUUCUGUCUGAGGAGCGUCACUCAUCACGAGCAGUCUGCUCGCCAAAAUUCGCAGAUUUUCCAGAUUGCGCCGCCGCCCCCACCUCUCAGCGCAUGAAAAACGCAAAUCCCUUCGGAUCCCGGAUCCCAAUCGGAACAAGCUCUCUGUCAUGGGGCCGUAAGCCCGCGAAUGUGGGAGCCGGGCUCGAAACGGGAGACAGUGGAGCGUCUUCCGAUGGAGGGUGAUGAUUGGUGCUGAGGAGCACUCGAAAAUCACUCCCGGGGAGAAGCGAUCAAUCUUGUCGGCGGAAGAGAGGACCCGUAAUUGCGCGAUGGCCAGUGCAAGGGUGACAAUGACGACUACCCCGGCAAAAAGGGCCAUUUGUCAUGCCGCAAGAUGACUCUGAUGACAGCUUGGCACUUGGACUCGUCCUCCCGCCAGCGACUCCACUGACCGAUUCUCUUUGAAGCCCCCCCGAAAAUUCCUCCCAUGGCCAACGUAGGCUUCGUCGUCGAGAUGUCCAUCUUCUACGUUUACUCUCUCGCAAUGGCAUUCACGGAGGAAACCCCGACCAACCUCAAACCAAACCUUAUGAAGGUUUAUGAGCUGGAGUCAACAAACAUUCUUUUGAGUAUAACAAAAAGUGUGGUUGGCUUGUCUAUGUUCCUGCGAGGGGCAACUGUCUACUUUUACAUCGGGACUUUAGCUUGCAUGUUCAUCCCUAUCAUAACCAAUUCUCACCCUUAUUUCUACGUCCCAUGGUUACUGGUAGCUCUUUUCCGAUGCGUCGUGUUCAACCUUUUCCUACUGAUGAGCGGCUUCUGUGUUUGUGUCAUCUUCUCGCCUAUCAAACCAGCUUGCAUGGAGUUCAUAUUCAUUAAAAUGCUAGAGUCAGUCAUAUACUCAUACUUCUGGCUCAAAAUAAACCGGAAAUACGUGGAGCUUUGCCGGCAAACGGGCAUUAAGUACGUGCCGUUCUUGCGGCAUUUCCAAAGCAGAGCCGAGUUCCUAUCCCAGGAGGUCACAUACCGUCGUCGUCGCCUGCGCACCCUCGGCAACCGGGUACCUCCGCCACCCUCCAACCGCCCGCCACCCCCUUGCGUCUCCGUCGACGACCUGGACUGCUCCUCCGACAGCGACUACAGUCUCUCGAGCCUCAGGGACUCGGAGAUGACCAAGGGUAGCCGCUCGCUGGAUUCCCUCUUCACGAAAGCGACGAUGGAUUGGUUCAUCAAAGAAGCUCUCGUUCAUCAGAGCGUCGAGAAGGACGACGCCCGGUACGAGGAAGGACUUGCCAAACGGGCCGCUACGUUCCUGCAAAGAACGCUCGGGCAGAAACCUCGUUCAGCUCGCAGUGACGAGUUCGAGGUCAUCACGAACCUCUUACCACUGCACACGACCCAGCGUUACGACCCUACGCAGGACGAGGAGACCCCGGUUGUCAAGGAAACCAGAGCUGUUGGGAACAGAGAGGUAUGCUCGAGGGAGUCAAAGUCAACUUGCGUCGAAGAGGAAAUCCCACUUACCGCGGAUGGGAAAACUUUAGAUACGUGCUUCGAUGACUCAAACUCGAAUAUAGAAAACGCCGUUGAGGAAGAGAUACCAAGUAUGGAAACCGAGAGUCACUGGUGCGAAAAUGGAUUCGAGAUCGGGCAUGGAAAAAAUCCGUUUGUCGAGGAGGAAGUUUUCAGACCUGUAUUCGGGGCUUGUAACAGUGUAGGAUUAGAGACCACUUUGCGAAGUGGGAAAGACGGUUCGGAUGAAUUUGAUUGCUCGGAUGACGAGAGUUUAUGUCCGACGGGAAAAUUUUUCGGCUCUCCCGCGUGUCUUCGGCAAAAAGUGCCACUAUUUGAUACGGAAAAGGAUAAUUCUGAUCCAGAUGAGGAGUCGCACAAGUGCUCAGAAAUGGAGCGCUCCAAGUACCUCGUUGAUCGAAAUUCAGCUUCUGAUACGACAGAAUGUGGCCAGUUACAAUCGCUUGUAACAAGAAACACUGACGAUGGGAAUGAAUCCAGUUGUGCGCUGAUGAAAAAUGAGGCGCUGAGGGUAAAUCAGGACCCUCCUUCUGACAAGGGACCAGCAGGCAGUCAUUCCCAGUCGAGAGAAGACGAGAUUGAUGGUCAACUCGUGGCUAAAUUAGUCAUCGAGUCGUCAGUUGGUGCGAUGCAUGGUGCAAAUCACUCAAGCAUCGGGAGUUUCACUGAGGCUGGAUCAGAGACAAAGUCAUGUGAUUCUUCCAUCAGUCCUGAUAUAUUGACUCUUGAUCGUAUCAAGGCAGUUGUCAACGAAGCACAGAUAAAUCAUGAAUGUCUGAACGCCAAUGAUUUGCCAGCAGACAAACGAGACUUAUUAAAUGAUGAGAAUCGCCUCACUAACCCAUUGAAUGAGUCAUCAGAGGUAAGAAAAAUAGAACCUCUUGAAUAUCGUUCGGAGAGUUCAUCGGUGCCUUCUCAUGAGAAGUCGUCAUCCGAUGAUAAAAUAAAGUGUCAAGAUGAUCGGUGGAUUCGAUGCACCAAUGAAUUAUCCUCAGCCAGUCCGACCCAGUCGCUUUCAUCAGGGACCCUCACGGCUGACGAAUCAAAAAACAUGGGAGCAGAUGAGUCCUUUGAGGAUGGCUCGUUCAACAGUACAUCCAACGACGAGCAACUAGCUGCUGAGAGAACAUCUGGUGAGAACUGGGAAUCGAAGUUCGAGCAAAAUGUUUCGAGAGAGGGAGUCGUGCUCGAGACAAUAAUGUGGCGUGGGAAUGCGUCGUCGUUCGAUUGUGCCACCAGUUCAACUUCAUCUGUUUUUUCGCAAGGAAUGACACAAACUGUAUUGAUGCAAAUAAUGGGAGAACAUGUUCAGUCUGAGGAGCAGAUUGGGUCUCUUGAUCGUUCAGAUUCUGAUGGAAGUGCCGGAUACCAAGUAUCGGUUAUUGACUUAACCAAUUGUUCCGAUUGUAACUCUAUCAAUAACAUGGGAAUCAAACAUCGAGCUCGAAAAUUCUUACCCAAUACGAGGACCUUAGAACAAAGUGUGCGCUGCGACAGUAAAUCGACUUCUAGAAGUAUGAAUUUUUCCGAGGAGUCAUCAAUGGACCAUUCUGACUCGCUAGAUCAGACUGGUGAAAAGCGCCUCGAAAGCCCUCAGGUCGAACUAGAUAAAAAAAUUGAGUCUUGUAGGUGUUGCUUGAACUGUGAACAUGAUGAAUCCGUAUUUUUCUCGACGGGAUCACGAACAAACUCAUCUACGAAUCAAAGCAUUGAAUAUACUCAUCAUGGUGCAGACUUCUCUGAGUAUACCAGCCUUGCCUCUGAGGAAAGCGCCGACAUCUGUCCUUCAAGGUUGUAUUCUAGUGGCAAAAAUUCUCCCGAAAAAUUCAGUAUUGAUGAGAGUUUUGAAAGCCAUACGAAUUCAGGUAGAGACGAAGAAACUUCGAUUGACAGUGCCACUCCCGAAAUCCCAUAUAUUUGUCGGAAUGAAACUUCUGGUCGAACGUCAACAGAACAAUCUAAUAAAUCUGUUCUCAUCGAGAAAUCCUCUACGAGUAGCCAAGCCAACAUUAUCGAUCAAUCUGUGGAGGAGUAUGCCAAGCUGCCGUGUGGGUUGAUCAAUAACAUAUCCGUCACGGAAGAGACGGUAAGCGUAUUGAGCGAUGUAUCGGCAAUGGUGAGAACAUCAGGAUCAACAGACGUGAUUAAAAAGUCCAAUUCUGAAGUUGAAAAAGGCUCGAUGGUUGAACUUAAUCAUUCAAAUGCUAAUGAAAAUGUCUACGACUGCACAACAUCAAUCUUGGAAUCGUAUGAUGUCCCUGAAUUGACUCCUGAAACUCUUACCAAAAUAAAUUCAAAUGGCACAGUCAAUCAACUUAUCUGCACCUCUACUUCCGCUACUUCAAUUCCUAACAAGACAUUUUUUGAGACGAUCCGAACUACCCACUCCACUACACCCGUCGAAAAAUGUCCCGAGGUUCAAGAUGACAAUAUUCGUACUGUGGAGUUCGUGCGUGAAAGUGAUCCAGUUGAAAAUCGUCGGGUACUCAAUCCUCAAAGUAGUAACUCAAAAUCACAGAAUUUUGUUUGCUCUUCGUCCCUUGUGGAGCCACUACUAACCAAGACCUCUUCUCCUCCUCCUCACUGUCUCUCCGAUAAAAAUGUUUCUCAGGAUGAUAAUAUUUUGGAUCUGAACGCGAGCCCUCUAACUUGCCCAUUGCAAUCUAGAUCACCUGAUUCCGCCGCGGUGGCUGCUAAAUGCAACUCUACGGCUGAUCCUCAAUCGGGGCUUCACUCAUGCCAUUCAAUUAAUACAUUGAAGGAAAUUGUCACUUCUGGGGCAGAUUCAAAAACUAACAUAGCGCCAGACACGGAGGUUUUGAGAAUUUUGAGAAAGAGCCCUGAAAAGAGUUCCCUAACCGAUAUGAGGGCCUCUCAAAUUGAGCUUAAUGGCGAGGGAAGCCAUUUUCAAAAAUUAAUAAACAAAUUAUCUGCAACAGCUUGCGAUAGAGAGGAUUCAACCGAACCCCCUGUAAUAACGCAGCAGUUUAAAUCACAAGUUCUUGCUGAUCGAAUUCAGCAUCCUCCUGAGUUUUCGGUUUCUAUAAAAGACUCUGUGGAGAGCCAAAGCCUAGAGCCUGUAUACUGUUUUAAAAAACAACAUUUACAGUCUGAAAAAAAAUCAUCAGAGGGAAAUCAUCAAUCUUCAUCGCACAAUGCACCUUACAUUACAACCGUCGGUGCUUCCUUCAUCGAAAAUUUUCCAAGCAUCAAUAGUGCAGACUCUUUGAAGAAUAAAACAAUUCAAAAUUCAGUUGAAAAAGUAACCAAUGGGAACGAUCCAGUUCCUGUAACUCAAAUGUCUGAUUGUCUCUUGAGUGCAAAGGAAGCAUCGACCAAUAAGACUGAACUAAAAGACGUAGAGUUGAAAGUAAGGCAAAACUUAAGUGAUGAUGAAAGCUUGCUCCAAGGAACGCUGAUUUCUAUUCAUGGAGCACUUGCAGAUCGCUUGAUAUCCGAAAAGGUGUUUCAAGAUGCUGCGGCCUCCGAUAUGGAAACCCCGGAAUCAAACGACGAGAUAACUCCGGAAAAAGGAAUCACAGGCACGGACGCUUGCGUCACGAAUAAAUCAUCAACCGAAAUACCUCCGAUGUUCGUCAGAAAAACUUCCACGAUACUCAUCAAUGGCCAGGGCUCGGAAAAAAACGCGCCCACCAAUGGCUCAGCGUUUGCAGAGAGUCCUCUUGUAACUUCUCGACCAGGAAGGGUGUAUGAGGAACGAGAGAGGCUGGUCUCAGGAGGGUGUUUAUCAAGUGAUAAUCCUUCAACGGUAAUAACAAAAUCAAAGGUAAAUUUCGUUAUGAGUUUCGAAAAUAAGCCGGGAAGUCCACCGCCAGUAGCAGCUCCUCCGCCUGGCGUAUUUCAAAGACUGAUGGCGAAGUUUUCAUCACCCCCCGGACCUCCGAUCGUCAAGGAAACUCUACGAAAAUUCAACGCUAUGUCGGCCGCUAAUUCACCCCCGACCACUAAUCAAAGUCAAAGAAGGAGUUCGGUUGAAAGUAAAGAAUGGGCUUCGAAUGAUUCGUUAAGAGGAGAUGGAGCCAGAAGACCCAGCAAGAUAUCUGAAAAAGCCUCAUUAUUCGACAAACUUGCGAUCGAGAGCUGCUCCUCGGGUAAAAGCCCCAAAAUAUCGCCUAGAGGCUCUAGAAACAGCAUUACAAGCAAUGCGGUUUUAAAGUCCAUUAAAAGUUUAGAAAAAUCCUCAACGAUUGGUAGAGUUGUCACGGUUGAAAGGAAGUUCCCUGAAAACAUUCCCUCCUCUGAGGUGUUUAGAAGCGCAAGGGCCAAGUUCUCCUCUCAACCAGUUGGUUCAUCGAGGUCGAAUGCUAGUAGCAUGACUUCCGAGAUAAAAUGCAACCCUAGCGUCAAUGGGAAUUCGAAAGAUAGACAAACGGAUGGGAUGAGCUUUUCAACGCCAACUUGGGAAAUCUCAGCAAGUUUAUCGGAGACUGGAGAAUCAACCCGCCAAACUAACAUACUGUUAAAAUCUGACGCGGCAAUUAAUGAUGUAUUUGAGAAGGACAUGAGUUGUACAAAUACUAGAAUUAAUUCUCAUUCGAGCGAAUGCUCGAAUGUGAAGAUUAUUGACUGUCAGGAAAAUAAUCUGGGAGCUGAAUCGAAAUCAAACGACUCUUGUAGCACAGCUCAAAAAAAGUUUCAGGUGUCCCCGGCGGUCUCAACUGUAAUUAAAGGGUCCAGUGGAUUUAUCGACUCCGGCGGACAAAAAGCAGAGGCCUUACAUUCUACUGGAAGUAGCCGAGAAGUAGAAAGCGCCCCGAAGGAGACUGAUGAAACGUCACAGCCACAAAAUUUGCAGAGCACCUCGAGAGAAGAAGUAAAACACGACACCACUACUUCAAGUAAAAUUCACGAAAGGGACGGCCUCUAG